AUGUCUGGGCUUUAUCAUGAUCUUUUAGUUCUUAUUGCUAGAAGCAUAGCUUCGUACGAGGAUUUUAUUGCUUUCGGUGGAGUGUGUAAAUCAUGGCGAUUUGCAUUCAAACAAUCUAUUACACGCAUAUGCGCAUCACAGAUUCCAUAUCUUAUGCUUGCAGAAAAAGAAGGCAGCGACUUGCGGGGCUUCUUCAGACUCUCCAAAGGCAUGACUCGCCAAAUUCAAAAAGAGCUUCCGGACAUGAAAACUCUCUUAUAUGGGGACCUUUGGUUUAGUGAACAUGAUCCAUUCUUAUUUGCUAAAAUUUUCGACAAGUUAAAAGAUCCUGUGACAGCCCUUCCUAGGGAACUUGUGCCCCGUGUUAUUGAGCAGUUAUACCUGGUGGAAUCCUCCGGUGCUUUGUUGCUAGUUUCACAAGAAGAUGUACAACUACAGCCUGCGAAGGAAGGAAUUGACAAGUGGAUUUUCAGUAAUCUAUUUCCAGAGUCUGUGGAACCUUGUCUUAAGAAUUCAUCCUAUGGGAAUGGGACCACAGCGUUCAAAGUUUUUGAGGUGAACUUAGGUGGUGAGGAGUGGAAGAAGUUGAAGAACUUGGACAAUAGAGCCCUCUUCUUGGGACAUAAUUCUUCCGUAUCUGUUAAGGCAUCUGGUUUCUCGGGAUGUAAAGCUAAUUGCAUUUACUUUACCGAUAAUUUUGAAAUACAUUGGUCAAUACCUUGUGGAGGAGGCAGGGAUACAAGCAUCUACAACAUGAUAGAUGGAAGCAUCGAACCACACUACCCAGGCGAAUCUCUUUCUUGCAUUAAACCACCUAGGUGGGUUGUCCCUAGUUUUUGA